UGAUUUUAAAUUUUAACGGAACUCUGUUUCGUUAAACUCUAGUGUACUUUCAGAAGUGCAUAUUUUACACGAAUAUUUUUAUGCGUAAAGCGUUCUAAUGCGAAGCGCAUUAUAUAGUGUUAGUGUUGUUACUAGUUAACUUCUUGAAUAAGUAUUUUAGGCCGAUUGCUACCCGUGCUGUUGCGUGAACAAAGCAAUGGCACAGUUCAACUAUCUCAAUGAAUUAAAUAGUUUAGCUACUACUAUGGACGGGCCUAUAACUCGAGGGCCUCCUCAGCGAUGGGCCAAGAAAAGCAAUAACGAGAACAUAAAUCCAUCACUGAGUGCUUCCUUCAAGAACUCUUCCAACGUAAAUAUAAGUUCGUGUAAUCAGUCUAUGCAGAAGUUGUCGAUAUCGGCCAAUCAAAGCGUUAAUAGCGCGCAUUCCGGCAAGACCCCGACCCGGUCUGAAAAUAAGAAAGGAAAGAAGACUCCUUCAAAAAAUAAGUCGCCAGGGCGGUCCACCACUCCAACUCCAAAUAAGGCGUCUAAAACACCAAACAAGGCGGACAGAUUCAUCCCGUCAAGAAGUAACUCCAAUUAUGACUUGUGCCAUUAUAUGAUGAGCCGUGAUGAUGACAAAGGUGAAGAGGUGGCCCAGAAAGUGGCCGGCGAGGCCAUAGGACGGGCCCUCACUGACAUGGAGCCCGGGCGCCUGCUGCAGUACACUUGCAAGGCACCGGCGGCGCCCGAGGGCUACCAGAACAGACUGCGGGUGGUCUACUCACAGGCCAAGGUACCGUCAUCGGUGAAAAACACUACGAGGUACAUUCCCCAAGCCCCGGACAGGAUUCUGGAUGCUCCUGAAAUUCUCGACGACUACUAUCUAAACCUGGUGGACUGGAGCGCGUCCAAUAUCCUGGCCGUGGCGCUCGGCAGCGCCGUGUACCUGUGGAACGCCGGCACCGGGCAGAUCGAGCAGCUCAUGGCGCUGGAGGCUUCUGAGACGGUGUGCUCCGUACAAUGGGUGCAAGGCGGGGGCUCGCAUCUAGCCGUGGGAUCGUCCGCGGCCACCGUCGAGCUGUGGGACUGCGAGAAAAUCAAACGACUCAGGAUAAUGGACGGACACACAGGCCGGGUCGGGUCGCUCGCUUGGAAUACAUACGUGGUGUCGAGCGGGUCCCGCGACGGAACCAUCAUACACCACGACGUGCGGCAGCGCGACCAUGCUGUCGCCACGCUGUCAGCGCACACACAAGAGAUUUGCGGCCUCAAAUGGUCACCGGACGGUCGCUACCUGGCGUCGGGCGGCAACGACAACCUGCUCAACAUAUGGCCCAUCGCCCAUGGCCAGCGGUACUCGCAGACACAGUACCUGUACUCGUUCAACCAACACCUAGCGGCCGUGAAGGGUCUCGCUUGGUGCCCUUGGGCGGGCGGCGUGCUGGCGUCGGGCGGCGGCACGGCCGACCGCACCAUCCGCAUCUGGAACGUCAACACCGGCGCCAACCUCAACACCGUCGACACCAAGUCGCAGGUGUGCUCGAUCGUCUGGAGCACGCACUACAAGGAGCUGAUCUCCGGGCACGGCUACGCGCAGAACCAGCUGGUCAUCUGGAAGUACCCGCUCAUGUCGCGCGUGGCCGAGCUGACCGGCCACAUGGCCCGGGUGCUACACCUGGCGCUGUCUCCGGACGGUACUACUGUGCUGUCUGCUAGCGCUGACGAGACCCUGCGUCUAUGGAAGUGCUUCAUGCUAGACCCGGCGAAGAAAAAGGAACCCACAGAAUCGAAGGCAGCCAAGUCAUUGCUGAACAUGAACUCUUUAAUCAGAUAACUGGUAAUAA